AUGGCUGAAGAUGUCAAUAAGCUUUAUCAACUGAUGAAGGUGUGUGAAAGAGCAAUGAAUACUGUUGGUGCCCAGGUUAUGCUUCCAAUGCAAACAUCAGAUGUUAUUUCUGAUUGUAAAGCAAAAUUUCAGCGGGAGUUUAUUGGUGCCUCUGUGGAGCCAAUGAUGAUAAUAACAGAACUUUUGGAAGGUUGUUCGCUUCAAAAAUACCUGGAGAGCAUCUAUCCAAGUACUCUGAGUUUAGAGCAAUCCAUAAGUUUUGCUUUGGAUAUUUCUCAAGCUAUGGAGUAUUUGCAUGCGAAUGGAAUCAUUCACCGCGAUCUAAAACCUGGUAAUAUGCUUCUUGCCAAAGACAAAAUGCAAAUUUUACUUACAAACUUUGAGACAGCCAGAGAGGAGAUAUCUGGUGGGAUGACUUCUGAGGCUGGUACAUAUCGGUACAUGGCUCCUGAGGAUCCACUUUCAAAAGGUGAAAAGAAAUGCUAUGACCACAGGGCUGACGUCUAUAGUUUUGCUAUGGUUCUGUGGGCCAUAGUUAAAAAUCAAACUCCAUUUAAAGGAAGGAGUGACUUGUUGGCAGCAUAUGCUACUGCAAAAAACAUGAGGCCUAGUGUGGAGGGUUUUCCAGAAGUUCUACUUCCCUUAUUGCAGUCUUGUUGGGAAGAAGACCCAAAGCUACGACCUGAAUUCUCAGAGAUCACCCAAAUCCUUGAAAAGCUUCUCCACAACUACCACUCAACAGAGAUAUCACCUGAGGAAAAAGGGUUUCCAACUACAAAUAUGCAGGAACCUAUCCCUAAUUAUGUUGAAAUCAGCUCAGAACAUGCACACGAGGCUCGGAGUGUGAAUAGCAUUGUCUGCGCAGAGGGAGAAUCUGAGAUCAUAGAACAUACCCCUAGUCCAGUUUUAGCUAAAAGCAGGCCCAAAAUGACCCUUAAGAAGUGCAAGGGUUUAUGGUCGUCUUUGCGUAAAUGCUUUCUCGGCCGUUGA